AUGAUAACGUUCAAUCAUAUACCCAUUGAAGAGCAAGUGGUUGUUCUGUUUCCCGGCCAAGGGGCUCAGCAUGUGGGCAUGGGUAAAAAGAUUAACAAAAAGCCGCAAGAAAUUGGGGGACCAAAAUCGAAGCUUGAUCAAACAAUUUAUUGCCAGCCAGCAAUGUUUGUCAGUUCUCUAGCUGCUUGGGAGAAAGCUAAGUUGGAGGAGGAAACGUUGGAUAGUCGCGUAACUGAUGUGGCUGGCUUUAGUGUUGGUGAAUUUGCUGCAUUCGUACUUGCCGGCAUACUUUCUUUUAAAGAUGUGGCGAACUAUUUGUUUUGUGGUGUAAAAGUUGUUGGUGCUUCGGAAACAUGCAUGCAGUUCCUGGAAAGUACUCAAGAAAAAUAUUCGUUUCAGGUGGUAAAAAGAUUGGCUGUAAGUGGUGCAUUUCAUACUGCUUUAAUGAAAGAUGCUGUUGACAUAAUGAAGGAGGCAUUGAAAGAUGUAACAAUCCAGUUGCCUCCACGAGUGAACAUUUAUUCAAAUUAUACGGGUAAAUUACAUACAUACAAGGAUAAGCAAAUUCGCGAGGCAAUCAUCAAGCAAAUUUGCUCGCCAGUGAAAUGGGAACAGAUCCAGCAGCUACUUCAUUCGAAACAUCAGAAUUACAAGUUUCCUCGAUUUAUGGAAGUUGGCCCAGGAAAACAGCUCGGUGCAAUGCUUUUAAGGAUUAGCAAAAAAGCAUAUAAGAACUAUAUGAGCUAUCCUGUGUAA